AUGCCCACAAGAAAACCGCCCACAAGUAAACCGCUGACAAGUAAACUGCCCACAAGUAAACCACCCACAAGUAAACUGCCCACAAGUAAACCACCCACAAGCAAACUGCCCACAAGUAAACCACCCACAAGUAAACUGCCCACAAGAAAACCGCCCACAAGUAAACCGCCGACAAGUAAACUGCCCACAAGUAAACGACCCACAAGUAAACUGCCCACAAGUAAACCACCCACAAGCAAACUGCCCACAAGUAAACUGCCCACAAGUAUACCACCCACAAGCAAACUGCCCACAAGUAAACUGCCCACAAGUAAACCGCCCGCAAGUAAACCGUUCACAAGUAAACUGCCCACAAAUAAACUGCCCACAUGUAAACUGGCCACAUCUAAACUGCCCACAAGUAAACUGCCCACAAGUAAACUGCCCACAAGUAAACCACUCACAAGUAAAUUGCCCACAAGUAAAGCACCCACAAGUAAACUGCCCACAAGUAAACUGCCCACAAGUAAACCACCCACAAAUAAACUGCCCACAAGUAAACCGCCCACAAGUAAACUGCCCACAAGUAAACUGCCCACAAGUAAACCACCUAAAAGUAAACCACCCACAAGUAAACCGCCCACAAGUAAACCACCCACAAGUAAACUGCCCACAAGUAAACUCCCCACAAGUAAACCACCUAAAAGUAAACCACCCACAAGUAAACUGCCCACAAGUAAACUGCCCACAAGUAAACCACCCACAUGUAAACUGCCCACAAGUAAACCACCCACAAGUAAACCACCUAAAAGUAAACCGCCCACAAGUAAACUGCCCACAAGUAAACCGCCCACAAGUAAACCACCCACAAGUAAACUGCCCACAAGUAAACUGCCCACAAGUAAACCACCCACAAGUAAACUGCCCACAAGUAAACCACCCACAAGUAAACCGCCCACAAGUAAGCCAACCCCGAGUAUAGGGACUACCACAGCCUGGGAGGCAAUGUGGCAAUAA